AACCCAAGAUUUUGCGUGUAAGCAAAAAAAUAAUUAAUAUCGUGUAUCGCACCAUAAGGCAAUGUGUGGCGCGUGGUGUUUUACGUAAUAGCGAGAGAUCGUCGGAUUAACUUUAUUCAGAUUUUGUUCACUGAUUAACAUUCGUUUAAAUUUUCAAUUUUUUAAUUUUACUACUGAACAGGUAUUUUCUAUGCAAAGUGCAAUGUUUACAAGACAAGAAGAGUUGUCUGAAUUACGGAGUUAUAUAAAAGAUGUUGACAUAGAAGUAACAAUGAUAUUACAAAGUCUGCAAUGGGAUAGAAAGAUUUUAUUGCAGUGCACACCAAAGAGUACUUGCAAGUACAACUCAAACCACAAAGUCCCACCAGAGAAAUUAAAGGAACAUGAAGAAAAAUGUUUUCUCAAGUCUCAGGGCUAUGCACAAGAUGAUCUUUUCCUGCCCGAUGUAUUUGAUCCUGAUUCCAAUACAGUCUUUAAACUUUCAUCACAAAACAUUGUGGACAUCUUCAACUAUGCUUCCAAGACUGAUCCAGCUUUUGAAAGAGGUGAUGACGCGGUGACGUCGCAUCCGCUGACCUUGGGGCGCCUGCAGGCGGCGUACUCCGCGGACGAGCGGCGCGCCAUCUACGACGCCGUCAUCGCCUCCCGCCCGGCGUGCGACGAGCUCGCCGACUUGGCGCUAGGGGAUGCGGGCGCGGCGCCGGAACAGAGCAAGCGCAAGUCGAAGCUGGAGCAACUGGCAGAGCUGCGAGACUUGCGCCGCCGACGCGUUAAGUACAGGGUGGCGGUGCACUCGCGCAACUACUCGCACACGCUGCGCGCCCUUAUCGACACACAGAUGGAGAUGUACGCCGAAGCACAAGGUCACGUAACCAAGCCACAUGGUGCAUCCGAUGAUAAAUAUCCUAAAACUGAAAAACAGCCAGAACAUUCCUCAGACGAGAACGAUAAUGAACACAGAGGAUUUUCGAAAAAACACAGAUAUGAUAGCGAUAGGAAAAAUGAUCAUAGCGAACACAGAAGAAAACGUGUUUCUUAUGAUGAUAACCAUUCUCGAAAGUUCGAGAAAGAUAGACGUCAAACUUCAGCUGAAGAAAGAAUUACGCAUGAUAGUUAUAGAAGAAGAAAGCAAAACGGAACAAAGGCUGGUUAUAAAGAAGAAAGAGAUGUUGAGAAAAGAAAACGUGCUUAUGAGGACCAUACAAACGCACAAGCGUUUGAGAAAGGGAGAUACAAAACAUCUAGAGUAGAAAGAGAAAAGCCUGAUGACAAUGAUGAAAGCAGAAGACAAGACAGAUACAGGGAUUAUUGUAGAAAAGACAAAGAUGUUAAACAUAACAGUGAAAAAAAAUUAGAAAGGACCAGCCAUACUAAAGAGGAAAAAGAUAUAUAUCGUUCUAGUUUAAUCGACAGCCACAGAGGUCGUGAGAGCGAAAAAGAGGGCCCAUAUUACAAAGAUAAAGAUAAGAAUGGUAUUAAGAAAGGAAGAGAUAGAUACACUUCCAGUACAAGGGAUAUUCAGAAAUAUCGCGAAAGCGAAUGGGAGGUACGAUAUGACAAAGAUAAAGCUAGGAAUGAUGUUAAACAAGAACGCGAUAGAUAUAGUUCAAAAGACAGACACAGACACCGCGAGAGCGAGAGAGAGGAACGAUAUAACAAAGAUAGAGAUAGAUAUGGUCAUGGAACUGAUACAAGAUAAUAUAAUCAUGAGCUGUAUAAGAAGUAAAGAAAGCUAUACAGAGAAAAGACAGAAUUAAAAACUACAUGUAUGCAGACUACCUACGUUUCUUUGUAGAAGUAUUAAAUACUAUGAUGACAAUGUUAAAAGUUUUUGUUUUUAUAAAUAAAUAAGCAUUAGGCACCGACAUACAUAGUAGCAAAAAGUUUAAUCUAUAGCGAAAGUUGAUGUAUC